AGUGGGCGGGCCGACGUCGGGUGGGCGGGGCGUUGCCCUGAGCAGGCGUCGCUCCCGUCUCCUCCUGAGCGCCAUGGCGGAGCCGCGGCCUACGGGGCCCGUGGGGCCUACGGGGGGCCCGACGGUGGGUCCUGGCGGCACGAGGGGUGCCGGGCGCCCCGCGGGGCCCGGCACCCCCUGUGCCGCGGGGCCUGGCACCCCCCGUGCCGCGGGGCCUGGCACCCAACCCGCUCCCCAGCCGCCCCCAGCCCCUCAGCCCACCCCGGAGCCAGGCCCGACACAGGCCCCGCUGGACGACACCCGCUUCCUCAUCGCCAGCACCAACUGGUACUAACGCCGUACCUCCUUCUCCCCGCCGGACCCGAGCCGAGGAGCCGCAUCCAUCACCCCAGAGAGUGAGAGAGACAGAGAGAGAGAAGCCUUCCCCGUCCCUCCGCCGGGGAGGGUCCUCAAUAAAGGAGGCUGAUCAGCUGCAA